AUCACUGUAAGAAAAGAAGAGAAGAGAGAGAGAGCGUAUUCAGAUAUGAAGAGAAUAAGCAGCGGCGGAGGCGGAGGCGGAAGCGGUGGAGCCACCGGCGAUAAAAAGAGGGGUAAGCGUUCGUACGGAGACUCGGCCACCGACAAUCCUCCUAAGAAGCAAGCUGCGAAAAAGGACAUCUUUCAGAUAUUUGCUGAGAAAGUAAGAGAUCACAAAGAUCUGGAGUCUAGGUGGGGCAUUUUACAAGAGACAAGAGUCGAAUAUUUUAGAGGAAAGGAUUUUGUUAAAUUUUUGAGAAAUCAUCCUGAACUCAAAGAUGUACUUGAAUCGGAUAAGAAUUUAGAAAGUGAAGACAUUGCCAAUACUCUGUUGAGAAAGAAUCUUAUUGUGCGAUGUGACCGUGUUGUCAAAACUGUUCGUCCCGGGAAGAGAAAGUUGUCUACUUGGCCGGCGCAUUUGGAGAUAUUUUCUGAUCAGUUGUUUUCCGAUAAUGAUGCAUUUUUUGCAUGGACCUUUGUAAACAGACGGCCUUUAUGGCAAACGCUUCUCUCGUUCGUGUGGCCUGUUUUAACGCUAGCAAUCUGCUUGUUUCCUGUGUAUCCUCACCAGGUCAAGCUGCUUAUACUCUACUUCUGUGCCGGUUUGCUGCUUGUUAUACUUUGCGUGCUUUUGUUGAGAGCCCUCGUAUUUGGAACUCUAUGGAUCGUUCUUGGAAAGCGCGUAUGGUUCUUCCCCAACAUUCUUGCAGAGGAAGCAACACUAAAGGAAUUAUUCCAAUUUUUGCCCAAGAAAGACGAGUGUGAACGCCCCAAGUGGACAGCUCGAUUAUUUUUUGCUCUAGUGGCUGCUCUCAUCAUUUUGCUACUAAGACACCAUGCUCCUGAUGAAGCUGCCAGGGCUAGGUACCAAAAGCGAGUGUAUAACAUAAUCGAUGAUGUUCUUGAGUGGUCUCCAAGGCUUGCCUUGUCGGGUAUGAUGGAGAAGCAAAGUGGGGUCAACUUAACCGAUUCUGAGAAUAAUGUGACCGAUAGUAGCAAAGCUAGCAGUGAAAGUAUAAUGGAACCCCCUGAAGAUACAGAGGGAGGAACAAUGUCUGACUUAAACGAGACAGAAGAAGGAACCAACCCUGACUAUCAUUACGAGGCAGAAGAUCACUGAUAUUGAAGCUGUAAUGACUAUAAACUAACGGUUUUGAUUUUUUUUUUUUUAAUGUUUUUUUUUUCUUGUGUUUUUCGUUUUACUCCAAAUAAUGUUUUAUAGGUGAGGUGACUAAUCAGCUGCAAACGAGUAUAGAACUUUGUAAUGAUAAGUGUACAAUAUUGUUAUUACGAAUGCAAAAGAAACGGCCGUGGUUUCAUUGUUUUCUUAAUAGAAAGAUACAAUUGUUUGUUUAUUUCA